AUGCCCUUCUUCGCCCAUGCCUCAGGUUUUACCGUCAAAGACAGUCAUAUGUCCGAAAUUGGUGGGGACUAUUUCAACAUCCAUUUCGCGAUGCCCGCGGAAUCUACAGAGCGCAUCGCAAAACAAUUACUGGGAAAAGGGAAAGAGCGCGAUCUCGACAACGGCGAUGCGGAAGCAGAUGGACCCAGAAAGAGAUUUAGAGAAGUUUGCGAGGAAACUUCGGACGGCCUGAUGAUUAUACCCUCAAAGGACAUAGACUUGCAUAGACAACUAACAAGUGGUUCCAAUUAUCGCAUACACUCGGCGUUCUACGGAGGGCGCGUUGUUGCGGUCAAGGUUUUCGAUGGCCCUCGCGCUAAGCAGAGUUGGGAGCUCAAUCUUACUUCGGCUCAAAACUUUUUCCAUUCCAAUGUUCCAAAAAUUGUCGGGGUUUCUGGCAAAAACAUAUCAGGAAGUCCAUUUAUCGUUUUUUGUGGAAUAUCUGGCAGAAAAAUGAAUUCAUUGUUAGCUAAAGCAUUGCGUAACGAUCUAAAUAAGAGUGUUCAGCUAUCGAUGAAAACGGUCAAAGGUCUCGCGGCGGGACUGAGUUACAUAGAAUCUCAAAACCCUCUAUCGAUAGGCGUAGUCAGCAACCUGAAAUGGGAGGACUUCGACAUAUUUGCUGGCGGCAGCGAUGAGCCAGUUCUUUCAAUUCACAUACCGGACACCACUGCUCAUGGAGCACAUCCGGAUCCAUCUUACCGUCCAGAAGACCGCCGCGAUGGGAUUGAAAUAUUGAGCGAGCUCUGUCAGAAACUGUUUUCGGAGGUCAAUUCCAUCCUCUAUGAUGAUUGUCCAGAAAGGGAACUCGACACCGACGACUUAUUCGAAAAUUACUCUAGGCGCCAUUCAAAUGUCGCCGGGGACGUUUCAGGCUCGACGGAAGCGCACGCGUCUCAUAAAACUUCUCGGCGCGAGGUGCGGUGGAAACUUGACAAGAAUGCAAACAAUCGAAGCCUCGAGUCUAUAGUGCGUCGUUUCGAGGACUACCUGGACUGUGUUUGGGCAUCCUCAGCAGACUCUCCCCUACGUCGUAUCACGGCGUCGCCUCACAGAUGGGUUUCCCAUCGUUGUCCCGAGUAUCUUCGCGAGGAGAUAACACUCACAGCAGACGCGUCAAGAAGCGUUGUUGUUGCUUACCAACACCCCAAUCAAAGCGAGAUUUGCACAAUUUGUGGCCAGCUUGUUCAAUAUCCUAGCAAUCCAGCAGGCAUACAAGCAAGGAGGAGAACGAAAGAAGCGAGGUUCAAUUGCGUUAUGUGCUACCAAACGUUUACUACUAAUCACAACCUAAAGGACCAUGUCAAAAUUCAUCUUGGCAUAAAGGACCACCCUUGCAUGCGCUGCCGCCGAGAUUUUUCUACUCAGGGCAUUUUGCGAAGGCAUCUCAAGACCUGCAGAGCUCCCGAACAUUUCUGA